AUGAAGUUUUUGAAGCGAUUGAAGAAGAUUAUAAGCGGUGAAAAGAAGAAGAAGGGAGAGAAGAGCGUUCAGAAGGAAGAAUGUGAAACGACAACAAAAGAAGAAAGUUAGUUUUCUAUUACAUUUUCUAUUAUUUUUAGAGAUUGAGCCCCAAAGAGUGGAUGAAGAUUCUGAAAAAAGCGAUGCGAGGGAAUUUUGAGAUCCAAAAGGAAAAAGAAAUGGGAAGUCCGAGAUUGGUUGGGAGGAUAAAGAGGGCAAAACGAGCAGCUUCUUGAAGGUGCCUUCGGCUGCCCUCCGCGCACGCCGCGCACAAUUGAAUCUUUGAGUUGGUUGAGAAGUUUCCGCUUCAGAACUUACUCGGGUUGAAUUUUAAAUUAUUUAUGAAUUGGAAAUGUGGGUCUACCUGUUCCUUCCACCAUUUCUUUCAUCAAAUUUUGGAAAUUUUCAAGUUUAGAGUCAUUUUUUCACGAGAAAAAAGUCGCAAUUGACAGAAGUUUUUGAAAAGUUCUGUUUCCCUGACUUCUUCAACUUUAAAAGUCUAUAACUUUUUUCGAAGACUUCCACGGCAUUUUUCGUACACAGAUUCGGAAUAAGCGUAAAAAACUGCAUCGGAUAAAUUAGCCUUUGUAAGAAAUCCCCCAUUAGUUUUAAGUUGAAAAAAAUCGAAAAACUCAAUAUCAAAAAUAAUUGAAAAAAAAUUAAUUAUACGCCUAAAAAUAAUACAAGUGAAUUUGGAAGUCUAGAUUUUGGGCGUUAAUGUGUAAAUUUGGAACAUUAAAAGAAAGAUGCGGGAGAAAAUUCCGAUAUUUUUCACCAGACACGCAUAUCGAAAUCAUAUUUGUGGUGCUGAAGGAAACUCGUUAGAGCCCGCCUUUUUUUCCAUUUUUUUGAAUCCUUUCCAAAUAUUUUUUUACCUAAUUCAGGAACAUCAUUAAGUUAUAUUAAUAUAACAGUUUGAAGAUCCAAUUUUACUCUACGAAAAUUCCAAAAAUGAGAAAAACCAAAGGGAUAUAUGAGUAAAAGGCUACGGGAGAAAACGCGUUCGGCAAAAAAAAAUGUGAAAAUGUGAAAAAUGUGGCAGAAGACAUGCUUUUCUCUAGCCUAGUUUUUCAUUCACAGUGGAGACGCACAUUUCGAUGUGAAUGACUUGUUCUGGCUUUGAAAUUAUGAACGCGGCAAAAAAGAAUGGAAAUUGGCUCACAUUUUAGCCGCUUUCUAAGUGGUUUUUUCAAAAUUUGAGAGCUUAUUCUAGAAAAUAUUGGUUUGUAGCAUUGAACACUAACUUAUAAUGGUAUUAUCAUCAUUAUAAUAAAAAUGUUUUUCAUCAUUUUCUGUUUAAUUUAUGAAAAACGCGACAUUCGAAUAUUUAUACCGAAUAUUUUAAAUUUUCGUCUUCUAAUUUUUGUCCUGAUUUUCAUUUCAUGUAUUGCUUUAGAGUAACUUGUUCUUUCUCCUCAUAAGACGCUUGUAAACUAGCUUAGCUUACAGUAACCUCAAGAAUUUUCGGAGUAUGCAGGGUUUCGUGCAGACGUCGGCGGCCAAAACACCACGGACAAAAAUAAUUUUUUGUCGCUUUUUAAUCCUCUAUCUUUCUUUCUUUCAGUUUUGAGGGCAUUUUCUCAUUUUGCAACUAUUUCAGCCAUGGAAUUUGGGUCGGAGGCCGAGGCGAAUAGUUCGAAAGCCGGCGGACCGCCAACAGUCACUGGCUUGUCCCCAAAUGAAGGUUUUCUUAAAUUAAAAUUUUUCAUUUAUUUCAGUUAUUUUCUGUAAUAUUCUAAUUUUAUCUGUGUUAAGGAUCGCCUGGAACACAAGUCACGAUUCGUGGCGAAAAUUUGGGAAUUGAUCAGAAUGACAUUUUGAUGUUGUUUAUUUGCGGUACAGAUUGCCUACCAACGGCGAGGUUAUUUUUUUUCAUUUUACUAAUUUUUAGCUCAAAGAUUGUUAUGAUUUUUUUCUUUCAAAUUUUGUUUCAACAUUUAAAUCACAGCUUCAAACCGGUUACAUUUUUAUUCCGCUUUUUAACUAUUUUUCGAAGCCAAUUUUGAAUUUCAGAUGGAAAUCCUCUUCAAAGAUCGUUGCCCGAAUAGGUCAGGCCAGCCGUGGGCUGGGCGAUGUUCGGAUUAUGACCAAAUCUGGCGGUCGCGGCGUUUCUCACGUCAAGUUUCGGUUAGUUUUUACUAUUUUUUUUUUGUUUUCAGCGUUUUUUGAUUCUUUUACUUCCAUUUUAUGUUGGCCAACAAGUUAAGCUACAGGUUUUUCAAAACUUUGUUGAGUUUUUCAGCAAACAUGAACUAGUUAGGCAUGUAUGAGUAUUUUUAAAGAUACAUAUCGGGCCUUAGCUAACAAAAACAGUUUUUUUUUUCAAGUUUCAUACUUCGCCAUGAUUAUACCACGAUUGCUGGAAGUAUCGAGAGCUCAAGAAAAUUAGGCGCUGCUUAAGAAUUUUGAAAGCUGGAUGAAAACUUCAGAUUUUCAUAGGCGCUGCUAAUUUGAUUUUCAUAGGCGCUGCUUAUUUGAACUGAGAUUUUAGGCGCUGCUUAUUUGAACUAGGGUUUUAGGCGCUGCUUAUUCGAACUGAGCUUUAAGGCGCUGCUUAUUCGAACUGAGUUUCUAGGCGCUGCUUAUUCGAACUGAGGUUCUAGGCGCUGCUGAUUUGAACUGAGCUUUAAGGCGCUGCUUAUUCGAACUGAACUUCUAGGCGCUGCUUAUUUGAACUAGGGUUUUAGGCGCUGCUUAUUCGAACUGAGCUUGUAGGCGCUGCUUAUUAGAACUGAGAUUUUAGGCGCUGCUUAUUCGAACUGAACUUUUAGGCGCUGCUUAUUCGAACUGAGCUCCUAGGCGCUGCUUAUUCGAACUGAACUUUUAGGCGCUGCUUAUUCGAACGGAGAUGUACUGAAUUUAAUAGAUCUUCAUGUGUCUCUGUGCAUAAUACGUGAUAGAAAAAUCAAUUUUUCAAAAAUAUGAUUUUGAAAAAAUAUUAUCCUGCUGAAUGGAUGAAUAAAAGUUUGAAUUUGAAUAUUUUAGAGUAUUCAUCCCUCAAAUCGGCCCACUGGAAGAAUCGGCAGUUUGGGUCGAUGAAUCGAGAACCGUUCCUGGCAGGGAGGUGGGUUUUUGUUCAUUGUCCCAAUUUUUUUUCUCAGUUUUUUGUAUCAAAAUUUCGUUUUUCAGCUAUUCAGUACGUUAUUUUUGUUUUUCUUUCACAUCUUUUUUCAUUUUCUAUCUUUUUCAGUGUUAGAUUUUCUUUAGAAAUGAGCUCUCAUUUUAGGCGAUUCGAAGCGUUGCUCAAAUUGCUGACGAUCGUGACGCUCUCGGCCUCCUGCCAAAUGGUCGCAAAAUCGAAACGUCCGUCUUGAUGCGCGAUUUUCCGGACGCUUCAGGAAACCUGCGAAUGGAGAAUUUUUCCCCGCAAUGGUAUUUGCUGGAGAAUCAUGCCGAUGCAACGUGCGUAAAGUUUUUUUGGCUUGAAGUUUCAAAGUCCUAUAAAAGUCAGUGAAAACUGGAAAAAUUCUAAAUAGAAUUAGAAAGCUGCUCUAAAAAUUGAUGCAGCUCUCAGAAAAUAAUGCAACUCUCAGAAAAUAAUGCAGCUCUCAAAACAAAUACUAAAAUCCAUAAAAAGAGCAUGAAAAAAGUCGAAUUCGAGUAGAAUCCCAACAUUUUUAAUAAUUGAAUUUCACUCCUUAAUCUUUCUUUUUGCAAAAACAAAGGUUCAGAAAAUUUUAUUAACCUUAUGAUUUUUUAGAAUCGGAGAUCUCCGGGAGGCGAUCAAAAAUAUGGAACUGGCCAAGAAAAAUGACGCGAAACGAAGCGAAGAAAUGCACAAGGUGAUUGAAAAAAUUUAAUAGUUUGUUUUUCGAUUUUUAAGUUCGGAAGGAAUCUCAAACUAAAAUUUGAGAAAAUAUUCGUAUUAUCCUUUUCGGGAUACUGGUUAGGCCUCGAAAUUAAAAAAAUAUAAUCUUUAGUGGAGAAAAUUAGGAAACUUCGUAACAAUAAUAAGAGCCAAAAUGCACAAUUUUUUUCCAGAGAUUGUAGUUUUGAUUGUUUUAAAAUAAACUCUUGAAAAAAAUUUAAAAAAAUGAAAAAAUGACGGCGUUUUCAAUUUAUCAUUAGGCUACAAAAUUUCCGUACAUUUUCUGUUUUUUUAGUCUUUUUGCUUUUUCAUCAUGAUCCUACAUUUUGACUCGAAUAAGGACUUUCAAAAAAUUGAAUUAGCGGUUUUUAAGGCUCAAGCUUUGAAAAAAAUUGAAAAAGUUCCUUAUUUUGAGAAGCCUUUCCACUACCAAAAUUACUUGAACCUCUUGUCGCGGCCGGAAUCGAACUUGUGACCCUUUGGACCAUAGACAAGCAGACAACUUGUUGUGCUACGGCGCUUAUUUUAUGAUAGUCAAUUAAGAAAAUGUGUAAUUGAAGGCGAAUUUGUACGCGCUGAUCAGCUGCGUCGAUACGUUGGCUCAGCUGCACACGGAACUGGAAAGGGGCGUGAAAGCCGGAGAUUUUGCCGUCAUGAACCAAAUCGGCAAAUUGGUUCUUUUUCCAGAUCCUUUUUUGUAUUCUUUCCAUUCUUUUUUGGAUCUCCGAUUCGAAACAAAAGGCGGAGAGCGUUUUCGCGGACGUUUUGACCCGAAAAGACCAGGCCGACGCUACCCGAAAUGCCCUCGGAAUUAUCAUGCGCUUCAAAUUCAUCUUCUUCCUUUCUCAUACCAUCGAUGAGAACAUGAAAAAGGUUCUUUUCGAAAAAAAAAUCCCAUUAAAAAUGGAUUUUUUAGGGAGAAUAUGUGACCAUUUUGAAUGAUUACACACGCGCAAAGUCCCUAUAUGGAAAUACCGAAGUCCCUCUUUUUAAAGAAGGUUUUCCCGAUUCCUUUCCUUUUUAAAAAUUUCUAUUUACAGUAAUGGAAGAAGUCGACGCAAAAAUGAGCCGUUUCAAAGAGGAAAUGAAGCGAAAAAUUAAUCGACACUCCCUGUUUCUUACGAGGAACAAAGCAAAUUGAUCAAAUAUCUCAAGGUUCGGUGCUGUUUCAUUAUAAAAUUGUAUUGAAUGAUGUCUAUUUUUUUAUAUUUUUAAUUGUUCAAAAAGAUUAUUGGAGGUCUAAUUUUUAUAGUUUUUGAAGUGUUUUCAAGAGAAUUUUUUGAAGUUUUGGUAUUUUAUUGAUAAGAGCUCGAGGUUUUUCACUUUUUUUAGGUGAUUUUUUUAUUUUUUUGAUAGUCGUUGAAGGGAUUUAAGGUGGUUAUACUGGAAUUUUAAGAGGUUCUGAGCUGAAAUUUUUUUAGAAUUUUUUGAAGUUGGCUCUGAUUUUCGCCCUAUUAGGGAACGUUUUUUUGGCCACUGGUUGGAAUUUUGAUGAACUUGGAUUAUUUAAAGCCCUCCUGGUCCCACAAAUAUUAAAAAUAUUUCUUGCAAUAGAUGUAUUUUUUUCAAUUUAAAACAUUUGAAAAAGUUUGAAAAAAAGCGCUUUUUUUGUAAUAUUUUUGCGUAUUUUUUUCUAACUUCGAGCUUUCAUAAAUCGAAAAAAAGAUUUUUUUCCGAAAAAUUUUUUUAUUUUUUUGGAUUCAGAAGGUUUAGAAAAUAUUUAUCAAAAAUUUCAAUGGGGGCCGAAAAAAAUUUUCCAAUGUUAGAAGGAUUUGGGAGGGUUAUAUUGGUUAAAAUUGUAUAGGUUUUUGAUAUAUUUUCAGUAACAUUUUGGUUAUAUAUUGAUUAGAGAGCAAGAGUUUAUGAAUUUUUUUGAAAAUUUCAAAGUAACUUUUUAAUUUUUCCUGUCGAUUUCCAGAAGGAUUUAUGAGUGUUAUAUUUGAAUUUUUAAAGCCUUUUUGAGCUCCUUCGAAUGGAUUUUUGAUUUUUUCAUUGAUUUUUUCCAGAUCCUUGACCCGGAAUCGGAUCCGACUUGGGAAUGUAUCACAUCGUACUAUGUUUGGCUGGAGAAAGUUUUGUGGGAUAUGCAACGAGAUUAUUCCGUCAAAGCUCUUGGUUCAUUAGUUUUCCGUUUCAUUCGGCUUAUAAAAUGUCCUUUUUAUAAUCAAUACCCAAUUUUGUAUGUAUAGUUGUCUUUCUCGAUCCAUAACAUUGAUUUGAACACUUUUAGGGACGCCAGAGUGGUCCCUAUAGGGAUAAACUUAGGGCCUCUUGAAGAGUCCGCUUUAGGGACCACUUUACCUCCUCUAAUAGGGACACUAAAACUUGCAAAAAUGGCCUUUAUAGGGGUAACCUUAGGCUCUCUUGAAGGGUCCACUUUAGGGGUCACUUUACCUCUCACAAUGAGUUUAUUGAAGCUUGCAAAAGGGACCCCUAUAAGGACCCUAGGAAGGGGUCUUGAAGGGUCCCCUUUAGGGACCACUUAACAUCUUCCUAUAGGUAGCACUAAAGCUGGAAAAAGUGGUCCUUAUAGGGGUAACAUUAGGGUCCCUUGAAGAAUCCUCUUUAGGGACCACUUCACCUCCCCCCCCAGGGGUACUGAAGCUUGCAUAAAUGGCCCCUAUAGGGUAAACUUCUAGUCGUUUAUUGUUAUGACCUUAAGGGACCACUCUGAAGUUUCUAAGAUUGUAAUAUUUUUUUCAGUGAAAGAACAAGACAAAAAGAUGAACCAACAGAGCCAAAGCGAUCGAUUUGGAUGUGAGUUUUUGGGGAAAAAUGAAUUUUCCAGUGCAAUAUCUUUCAUUGAAAUUUUGAUGAAUCCCCUAUUUUCAGUAGUGGAAACGAAUGAACGCCAAGAAUUCGUGACUUCCCUCGUGACUUUGCUUCUGAACAAGCUGCCGGCCUUCUGGAAACUUGCCAACACCUACCAUUCCCAAGACGAGAGGUGGACCCAGCGUCUCGAGGAUAUCAAUGUUGAUUUCAAUUAUUUUGAAAUAAUAACGUGAAAACUUCCAGCAAAUGCUCACCAACGUGAUAAACGUCUCGUCGUGGUUGAUUCUGAACGCCCUCGUCCCGAAGGUUGGUGUUGAACAGGGUGAAGUUUCAGAUUGCCAUAGGUAAAAUGAAUCGUUUGAGGCGAUGUUGAGGUUGCAAAAUCAAUUUUGACAUGUUUCAGUGAUACUUCAGGGCUAGAAUUAUUCGAUAGGAAGCUGGAAAGUUUGUUAAAGGCGCAGGGCGGAGCUUAAUUUUCCGUCGUUGUGAGACCCUCUUUGUUAGAGUUUACAGCGUUAAGGGCGUCAGAAGUUCUUUAUAAAGCUAUAAGAACAUUAAAAGCACCCCGAAUACUCUUCAAAGGCUCAGAGAGGAGCCAAAAAUGAGGUUUUUAAAGGCGUAGGGUGAAGAUUAAAUUUUCGUCGUUGUGGGACCCUUUUUGCUAUAAUUUAAAGUGUUAAAAGUGUCAAAAGUGAACUUUAAAGCUAAAAUUGAAUGGGAAGCAUUUAGAAUACUUUUUGAAGGCUCAGGGAGGACAAAAAAUGAGGUUUUUAAAGGCGCAGGGCGAAGCUUGAUUUUCUGUCGUUUUGGGACCCUUUUUGUGCUAUAAUUUAAAGUGUUAAAAGUGUCAAAAGUGAACUUUAAAGCUAAAAUUGAAUGGGAAGCAUUUAGAAUACUUUUUUAAGGCUCAGGGAGGACAAAAAAUGAGAUUUUUAAAGGCGCAGGGCGAAGCUUGUUUUCUGUCGUUUUGGGACCAUUUUUUGCUAUCAUUCACAGCGUUAAGCGCGGCAAGAGCUUUUUUCAAAGCUAUAAUUGAAUGGGAAGCAUUUAGAAUACUUUUUGAAGGCUCAAGGAGGAAAAAAACCGUGAUUUUUUAAGGCGCAACGCGGAGCUUGGUUUCGCGUCGUUGUGGGACCCUCUUUGCUAGAUUUUACAGCGUUAAGAAGGUCAAAAGUGUACUUUGAAUCUAUGAUUACAUCGAAAGCACCUAGAAAGUUUCUGAAAGACGCAUGGAGGAGCCAAAAAGGAGGUUUUUAAAGGCGCAGGGCGAAGCUUGAUUUUCUGUCGUUGUGGGACCCUUUUUGUGCUAUAAUUUACAGGGUUAAGGGCGUCAAAAGUUUAUUUUAGAGCUCGAAGUACAUUUCAAGCACCUAGAAUACUCUUCAAAGGCACAGGGAGGAGCCAAAACUAAGGUUUUUAAAGGCGCAUGGCGGAGCUAGAUUUUUAGUCUUUCUGGGGCCCUUCUUGCUAUAAUUCACAGCGUUAAGCGCGCCAAAAGUCGGGAAGAAUAUUUUGAAACAAAAAUCAAAUUAUCUGCACUCAAAAGACUUUUAAAGGCGCAGGGCGGAGCCAAAACUGAGUCAUUCAAAGGCGCAUGCGGAGCUUAGAUUUCUGUCGCCGUGACACCCUUUUUGCUAUAAUUUACCGCGUUAAAAGCGUCCGGAAGCUAGUAUUUAAAAUAAAUCAGAAUAAAUUGAAAUUUCAGGCUCUUCCCGACAACGUCUCCAAGCAGUACGGCGAUGAAUUUGCUCGUUGGCCAGAGAUUUCGGCGAACGUUGGAAGGGGAAACCUUGUCCAGAGCUUGAAAACUACUAGGUAACCGUUUGAAGUGGUCUCUUUAGGGUUAUUAGUUCAAAUUACAGCUUGGAACUUCUUUUGAGAUCAUAUUAACACUAUUGGGGAUCAUGAAAUUUCUUUCCAGCAGUUUUGAUGAUUUCAUCGAUUUAGAUCACUGAUAUCGUCCUUAUCGGAGCACCAGUUCACUGUUGCUCAUGUUCAGCCCCUGGUCGAGCUCUGUAUGACCGUCCGACUCAAGCUUAUCUCUGACGUCAUCGAUAGGGGCGUCGAGGGUGAGUACUAUCAUGUCAUGUUUGCUCUAUCGAUAACUUUUGGGGCAUAUUACAGUAUAGCCCCCCGCAUAUGUUGGAUAUAACCCCCCGCGACACGUUCGAACAAGCCCCCCACACUUAUCCAAUAUAGCCCUCCGGAACUAUCCAGUAUAACCCCCCACACCGAAAAAAAGAUCACGCAACGAUCACGCAGGACACGUGUCGCAGGACCUUCCAUUUUUUUAAUUUAUUUUUCUAAUUUUUUUCGUAUCAUUCGUCGUUCUUGGUUGUUUCAAAUGGUUUUUUGUAUUUUUCGCAUGUAAAUUCGUGUUCUUUUUUUGUGAAUUUAAUAAUUUUUUUGUGAUUUGAUUUGUAGAUCAUGGAAGAAAUUAGGUCGCUGACCGAGUUUCAUGAGAAGUUCAAGUCAGACAAAGAAGUUUACGGGUACGUCUCGCCGAGAUACGUACGAAUAUCAUAAAAAGUAUGGGGCGCUGACCACUUAGAAAAAAAUUUAAGAUGAACUUUAUUAGUUUUUCAAUCAAGUAAUUGUUCUGAGGAAUAGAAUUUUUUUGCUUUUUUUCUUUUCAUGCACAUUAAUUAAUAAAUUACUUAGGAAAAUAGGCUUAGUUUUUAAGGCUUCACACGGAGGCGGAGCGCGCAUAGCGCGAAGCCGACUGUGGCUCGCUUCGAAAAAACUGAGCCACAGUGAACAAUUCGUCAAAGAAAUAAAAUACUUGACAUGGAGGGGGGUCAUUCUGAAAUAGAGGGGGGCCAUUCUGAAAUGGGAGGGGGCCAUUCUGAAAUGGAGGGGGCCAUUCUGAAAUGAGAGGGGGUCAUUCUGAAAUGGGAGGGGGGCUUGUUCGAAUGAGCUCUGGGGGACUAUUUCAAAGCCGUGCGGGGGGCAAAUAUGAAAGAUUGCCUAGGCAUUUCAGAAUCGCCCCCCGUUUUGUACUGCGGGGGGCCAUUCUAGAAUACAUAUUCACCCCCCGCGUUCGAUUCUUCCCCCCCACAUGAAGUCCUCUUAUUUUACCCCCCGCAGAUCGGAACUUGGCUUGGUGGGGGGCUUGUUGGAACGCGGGGGGCAAAAACAGUGUGGGGGGCGAUUCUGGAAUUUUCCCUAACUUUUGCGAAAAAGAAAAAACAUUGGUUAAAGGCUCUGUAGUAGAUUCACAAUUGUUUAACACGCUCUGACGCACUACUGAUAUAUUUUAGAAAUAUUUAUGUAUCCUCUAUUGUAAACACAGUGCGAAAAUGACGCUCUGACGCACAACUAUCCAAUUUUUUUUUUCAUUGAUCCUCUUUCGUAACAGAAAAAGACGCUCUGGCGCACAACUAAGCUGAUAUUAAAAGGAUUAUUUUAUCCUGUUUAGAAAUUCACAUGGAGAAAAGACGCCCUGACGCACAACUAAGCUGAUAUUAGGAUGAUUAAUUGAUCCUCUUUAGAAAUUUACAUGGAGAAAAGACGCUCUGAAGCACAACUAAGCUGAUAUUAGGAUGAUCAAUUCAUCCUAUUUCGAAAAUUACACAGAAAAAAGACGCUCUGACGUACAGCUACCCUAUUUUUAUGAAAAUUUAUUGAUCCUCUUUUGAAACUGACACAGAAAAAAAGACGCUCUGACGCACAGUCACGGAUUUUUUGGAUUAUUCAUUGAUCCUGCUUGAAAAUUUAAAUGAAGAAAAGACGCUCUGACCCACAAAUUAUUGAAUUUUAGGGUUUUUAGUAAUUUUGCAUUAAUUUUUGAAAAGAGAAAAGGCGCUGUAACGAGAAAUCGAUUUAUUUUUUUUAGUAAUUUAUUGAUCCGUUAUCGAAAUCGACACAGAUAAAAGACGCUCUGGCGCACAACUACGCUAAUUUUAAGAUUCUUAGUGAAAAGUUUUACUAAUAAAUGAGAAAUUUCCUUCAAUUUUUGUCCCUUUCAAGGGUGUUUUUCUGUUUUGAACUGAACUCCUACGAUGAUAAUGAUAAGAUAGCCUUGUUUACAAUCUAUUGCCUAGUAUGAGAGUUGUUUUCUCAAUGGAGCGAACUAUAACUUGAAAAUUUAGCUGUUUUUGUGUUUUAUAACUUUUUAUUUUAUCCGUUUUUCUUAUCAUUCAUUUUUUUUCAGUAUUUUCUCAUUUUUUCGCUUUUUGUUUCCAGGAGUCGUUUACCUGGCCCAAAAAGUCAACUGGAAGCAGGAUAUUGUCGGCGCUCAGCACACGAAAACUGCUCUGCCCGACUUUUUUGAAAAUGAGGUUUUUCAACUAAAAAAAAAAAGAAUGACCGUAUUUUAAAGGUCUGCAAUUGUAUAUCUGGCGUCCGGGAGGCCCUCUCGACGACUGGCUACCCAGGAGAAGCUUGUCUCUUCUCGAGGGAACGCUUCCGGGAAACUCUCAUUGAGCUUUUCGUUCACCUCGUCUUCUCCAUCAAAGCUUGUUUUGAUAGGUAAAUAUUUGUUUAAUUUCAAUAUCAUGUAUUUUUAGAGUUAUAAGUUGCUAACUAAGGUCUAAAAAUGGCAAAAAAAAUAGUAGCUUCUGUGCGAUUUUGUAGUGUAUGGGCUUUGUUACAUUUUCUCAAUUUUCGUUAGAUUUAAAAUUUCUUUUUCUCAGAUUAUUCAAUUUACAACGACAAAGACCGCAGGAGCUCGGUUUGAAUGGGACGUCGGUGCCGAAAAAACCCGUGGUCUGUUUUUUUGAAACGUUGAAAAAAAUUUGUAUUUUUCUUUAAAUUUAAAAUGAAUUGUGGAGUUCGCAGCGUUUUUUUCCGAUUCCUGGUCAUUAUAUUUAGGUUAUACCAUUUUUUUUAUAGUUCUAUCCUUUUUUGCGACCUCCGAGGGAUUUUCGGGGCUCUAUAGAAGGUUUCUUAAAGUUUUAAAAAAAUUUUUUUCCAUCUUUUUAUAGCUUUUUUUAAGCAUGUUUCUAUAGCUUUUUGCUAAAAAUAACAUAUGGGAUUCGAAACUUAACUUUUUUUGGUAAUAGAACAAUAAGAAAGGACCAAUUUAAAACAAAAAAAGCUAAAAGGGGAGGUCAUUUUACUAGGCGGUCUGGAAUUUCCUAAAAAUUGGCCAGAACACUUUUUGAUGUACCAAAUGAAAAUCCUGGAAGUUUUAACCUGCACAACUUCCUAGUUUUUCGAGAAAAUAAGCUUCAAAGUCAGAGAAAACCCUUAAAUUCCAUAAAAAAAUAGAUGACGCUUCAAGCUCUUAUUUUCGGAAACUAGCUUUAAUUUUGUGAGGCUUGAGCCUUUCAGAAUAUUCUUCUGGUACAUCAAAGAGCGUUCUGGCCGAUUUUCAAGGAAAUCCCAACCGUAAUGGGAAAUUUGUCAGUUGUGAUAGCUAUAAGCAGCGCCUGAAAUUCCAGUCAAGACCUGAUCUUCUCAUUAGACUUUAAAAUCUUUGAACAGCGCCCAAAUUCUUUAGGAUUUUUUCUUCCAUAUAGGCCGUUCCGCGCCAACUUGUCACGGUUUUCUUUCCGCCAAAAGGCCAGGUCAAAUUUGACCAACUUCGCUUCAAGACCUUUGUUUCCUGCCGUUAUAAAAACAGAAAUUGGAUCUAUUUUGGUAUACGGUCUUUUUGACGAAAAGAAAAACGUGACAAGCUCGCGCGGAAUAGGCUAUAUCUCAUAAUUUAUGCGAAAUUUUCAGAUCACAACGAAAAAGCUGCUCGUUGGAAUCGGAGACGUCGAAUUCAUCAUUGCGAAAACGUUGAACAACAUCAGCAAGCGGAUGACCGAAUGCGGCGUCAGAUAUGUCGAUCAGAUCCAGGAGGUUUUCUAUUUUAUGGAUUUUUGAGUAAAAAAUGAUAUUUUACAGAUUCUAGAAAGUUAUAUUUGAAAAAAGUCAGGAAAAAUUAUUCAAUGUAAGAAAAACGGCUACCAAAAGAGAAUUACCGCCGAAAAUGGCUUCGAAACAAAAAUUUAGCCUCGGGCGAAAAAACAAUGUACAACUCUUCACGGCUGUUUUCUGUGGCUCGUUUUAGCGCGGCUGUUUUUUUCCCCCUUAUAAAUAUCCUUUUAGAUAUCUCUCUGGCUCAUUUACACGGUUUUUCUAAGGCACCCUAGUCUUUUGAAAGCGGCAGGCUUCUCUCCGCUCUCCUCGUCUCUCGGCGACCCUCUCAUUUUGUUGUGCUAUUUUCAAAUUUCUGUGACCUUGUCGGUGGGAGAACAGAGAGACGCAGACACUCGAAAAAUUUCAAGUCACAGAGAAUGGACUAUAUUUUGAGAUUUUUCAAGAUUCAAGCCCAAAAAGUUUGUUUUCCAGAGAAGCCGCGCGAAACUGUCCUUAUUCCGGUCGAAAAUGGUCGCCGACUGCAUCGCCAUGAUGUGCAGCGCUUUCGAUCCGCUGAUCUCCUCGGCAACCUAUGAAUAUCCUCCGGAUGAUGGUCUGCUUGAAAAUGAAGUCGCUGAACAACCUGUUCAAAUCGUUCAGAUGUCUCGGACUACACGAAGGAGAUGAUCAUGUGCUGUGUUCUGCAGCAGGCCGAGCUCCAGUUGUACGCCCCUCAACUCAAUUCAGAGUGUCUACAGGUACUUUUAUUUGUCCUUGGAGCGCAGUUUAGGUUUAGAAAAAACCUUGGGAAGGUUUCUUGAAAACUUACUUAGAUACUUAGGUGGUCCAUCUUCGCUUACGACCUUUUAUUGUCUUUUAUUGAUCGAAGCGGGAAAUUUUUGAAAUUCUGUUCGAAAAAACUCUGAAAAAUGUUCAUUUUAAGACGUUCGACUGGACAGAUUUCUGUAUCGAGCGAACUUUUUAAAAGUCAAAUGUAAUAUGAACUCAAAAUCGCUUUUUUUUCUAGAAGUUUUGCGUUUUUGUGCGAAAUUUUGAGCUAGUAUGGUGAUUGGACAUUUUUAUCCGUAGAGCGCAUUUUGAGAAAAAAAAUGGCCUUGAAAUUUUGAUGAGCGUGUUUUUCAAACCCUUCAAAAGCCUUCAAAAUGAGAACUGCAUUUUUUUUCGAAUUUACAAGCGCAAGGUUUCCGAAAGCGACUGAAAACCAUUACCUUCUUCCUCACAAGUUCAAAAGAUCGUUUCUCGAAAAUUAUGAGAGAUUUCAAGACGAGAUUAUAAUUUAGCGCGGCCUGAACCCAGAACUCCCCUCUACUUCGUUUUUUUCCUACACGUAUCCUUAUUUUAGGAACCAUUGAGUGAUCACUCAAGAGUUGUUAGACCCUCUUAAGGGAUAACUUGGCGAAACUGGAAUUAUCCUCAAACAGGAGCUUUUUUUGAGGUUCCAAACCUACACGGACCGUCUCAAGUGUUCUCCACGUCUCUUAGAAGAUCCAGAGCCUUUGAGUGAUCCCUUGAGUGCUGUGAGAGCCUCUUAAGGGGUCACUUGGCGAAACCAGUGUUUUCACCAAAGAAACAGCUUUAGUUUAUGAGCUUUGACGCUCAAAAGGAAGGCGGCAGAUACCCUUACACUCGAAAACUAUUCUGAGCCUUUCAGUGUUCACUCGAGCGGUGUGAGGCCCUCUUAAGUGGUCACUCGGCGAAGCCAGAAAUGUCCUCAAAGCCUUCAGUUUAUGAGUCCAUACGCCCAGAGGGAAAGCGGUAAAUGUCCUUAUAAUCUCGGAUUCUGACCCUUUGAGUGAUCAUUUGAGCGAUGUGAAAGCCACUUAAGUGAACACUUGGUGAAGUCAGAAUUGUCCUCAAACAAGGGUCUUCAGUUUGUAAGGUUUAAACCUGCACGGACAGCCUCAAGUGUCCUUCACAUCGUUUAGACAAUCAUUAACCUUUGAGUGGUCACUUGAGUGACGUUAGACCCUCUUAAGUGGUCACUUGGUGGUGACCGCAUUGUCCUGAAGCUUGAGCCUUCGGUUUAUAAGAUUUCAACUUUUCAAGGACGACCCCUCUCAAUGAUUUUAUUUGCGGUGUUAGCGCCUCUUUAGGGACCACUUGGCAAAACCAGAGAUUUCCUGCAAAAAAAGCUCCAGUAUAUGAGUUCAUCCGCUCAGAAAAGGCAGUAGAUUGCCUUGUGACUUGCAUACGAUUCUGAACCUUUCAGAAUCACUUGAGUGACGUUAGAGCCCCUUUAGGGACCACUUGGCAAAGCCAUCAGUUUGUAUCUCUUUUUUCCAGGCCACGGUGACCUACGCGAUCGAGCAACUUCUGCGCAGAUUGGCGUCGUUGAACGUGGUCGCCUCGACGACGACGUCGCCUUUCGUCGUCACCCAGAUCGUCAUCGACGUGACGGCCCUCGAAGAAGCCCUUGGCGCUUUCGCCAACUUGGAGAUCCGGUACCUUGAGAAAAUAUCAAAUAUUUCAUCAAGAAGAGGCUUUCAGAGCGCAGAUCAACGCCUACCGGGCCAGUUUGGUCGGACGAUUUGAUCAGGAGUGAGUUUUGGAAGAAAUGGGCUUUUAAAAUGGCUUCAUGUGAGGGGUGCAGGUAACUUUGAGUAGGAAAAAAUUCAAUAAUUUUAGAAAUCUAACUUUUUAAAAAUCAGCUUGAGGGAAUGGGUUUAAAAAUAGCUUCGAAAAUUAGCCUUAGAAAAAUCUGUACUUUAAGCAUUUUAAAGCUCAAUGGAGCGCAUGAGUUGCAAUUUUCGCGGCUAUUUUUUUUCUAUAGGCAAUCAUUUCCAAUUUUUGGCAAGCGUGAAGCGUUGCGUAUGCGACGCGGCUUACUGGCGGGAAACUCGCGUUUUUCCUCAAUUUUCCCGCCAAAAAAGGCCGCAUCGCGUACGCAACGCGUCACUAGCAAAUAACUCGCGUUUGACAUCAAUUUUCCCGCCAAAAAAGGCCGCGUCGCGUACGCAACGCGUCACUAGCAAAUAACUCACGUUUGAUCUCAAUUUUCCCGCCAAAAAAAAGCCGCGUCGCGUACGCAACGCGUCACUAGCAAAUAACUCGCGUUUGACCUCAAUUUCCCCGCCAAUUAAAGCCGCGUCGCGUACGCAACGCGUCACUAGCAAAUAACUCGCGUUUGACCUCAAUUUCCCCGCCAAUUAAAGCCGCGUCGCGUACGCAACGCGUCACUAGCAAAUAACUCGCGUUUGACCUCAAUUUUUCCCCGCCAAUUAAAAGCCGCGUCGCGUACGCAACGCGUCACUAGCAAAUAACUCGCGUUUGACUUCAAUUUUCCCCGCCAAUUAAAGCCGCGUCGCGUACGCAACGCGUCACUAGCAAAUAACUCGCGUUUGACUUCAAUUUCCCCGCCAAUUAAAGCCGCGUCGCGUACGCAACGCGUCACUAGCAAAUAACUCGCGUUUGACCUCAAUUUUCCCGCCAAAAAAAGCCGCGUCGCGCACGCAACGCGUCACUAGCAAAUAACUCGCGUUUGACCUCAAUUUCCCCGCCAAUUAAAGCCGCGUCGCGUACGCAACGCGUCACUAGCAAAUAACUCGCGUUUGACCUCAAUUUCCCCGCCAAUUAAAGCCGCGUCGCGUACGCAACGCGUCACUAGCAAAUAACUCGCGUUUGACCUCAAUUUCCCCGCCAAUUAAAGCCGCGUCGCGUACGCAACGCGUCACUAGCAAAUAACUCGCGUUUGACUUCAAUUUCCCCGCCAAUUAAAGCCGCGUCGCGUACGCAACGCGUCACUAGCAAAUAACUCGCGUUUUGACCUCAAUUUUCCCCGCCAAUUAAAGCCGCGUCGCGUACGCAACGCGUCACUAGCAAAUAACUCGCGUUUGACCUCAAUUUUCCCCUGCCAAUUAAAAGCCGCGUCGCGUACGCAACGCGUCACUAGCAAAUAACUCGCGUUUGACUUCAAUUUCCCCGCCAAUUAAAGCCGCGUCGCGUACGCAACGCGUCACUAGCAAAUAACUCGCGUUUGACUUCAAUUUCCCCGCCAAUUAAAGCCGCGUCGCGUACGCAACGCGUCACUAGCAAAUAACUCGCGUUUGACUUCAAUUUCCCCGCCAAUUAAAGCCGCGUCGCGUACGCAACGCGUCACUAGCAAAUAACUCGCGUUUGACUUCAAUUUCCCCGCCAAUUAAAGCCGCGUCGCGUACGCAACGCGUCACUAGCAAAUAACUCGCGUUUGACCUCAAUUUUCCCGCCAAAAAAGGCCGCGUCGCGUACGCAACGCGUAACGCUUGCCUUUCAAGUAGGACCAUACACAUUUCCAACCAAUUUUCUUCCAGAAAACUCCAAAAAUGCAUGCAAAUGAUGCGGACAACGAUGCGUAUGGCCCUGGAAAGCCUGGAACAAGCGGCGGUCGAUGACCUCAACACUUCUAGUAUUUAAAAUUAUCCCUAUUUACCGUUUCAAUUUUCUCCCUGGUGCUUUAAGUAUUGUUUUCUAGGUUCAAUUUUCAUAUUCUAUUGCCCAUUUUCAGGUUUAAUUUUGCGAAAGAAAUAACCAUACGAGUAAAGUAUACCAAACGAUUUCCCAAAUUGUUCAUUGUAUUUUUAUAUUCUACUGCUCAUUUUCAUUCGCCUACUGUGAUUUUUUUGAUUAGAAAUAAUAAAUUUUAUUCGAUUAUUCGUUUCAAAAAAAAUUUUGAAGAGGUUAUUUUACCUGUGGAAAAUUUUUUUGUCAAUUUUUUUCAACUCGAAACUUGAUUUUUUUCCGCAGAGAUUAUCAUGAUAACGAUGAAAAAAAGCGUCGGUGGCGAUUUUUGGUCCUCAUUUGGACCAUUUUAACCUACUUUUUCCGCUUCAUGGGUCAGUUUUUGUUUAAUUUAUUGGUUUUUCCAAAAGUUUUUCUCUUUCUUUCAGGAUUUUUAUUCUACGGACUUUUUUUAAAAAAAGAACUGGACAAGUGUAAAAUUUAUGAGGCGGUAAAGUUGGUCGCUUGUGCGCUCCAUGGCUAAUUCUCCAAAUUUUUUUGAUUUUUCCCAGCCAUUUUUUUAUCAAUUUCGUCCUAAAAUUUUCAAUUAUAUCUUCCCAAUUUUUAAAAUUUUCUAACAUUAUAUUGAGAAGUAGAGCAGUUUCAAGCAUCUUUGAAGCUUACAAGGUUCCAAAAAAAUCAGAAAUAAAAUUGAAAAAAAGUGAUUUUUUUGAUCGAAAAAAACGAGUUUUCUAUGCCAAAAAAAGCAGUGGAAUGCUAAAAAAGGAAAUAUUUCCAUGUUAAUUUUGGAUUAAAACAGCCUUCAUUAUGUUCAAUUGUUUAAAGUUCUAAGUUUCAUUCCUAAUUUUCACGAAUAGAAAAAAAAAACGCCGCAAGGCUAUAAAGUUGCCACUAAUGCGCUCCACGGCUAAUCUAUUGGAAAAUUUGAUUUUCCUAGCUUAGUCAAGCGAUUUUCUUCAGAUAAACGCCGCGGAAGGCUAUAAAAUCGGAAACCGCCGCCGGAUAAUAGCAGUCCUACGCUUGGAGGUUCAAAAAAAUCUUCAUUUUUUCAUCGUAAUUAAAUUUUCAGACAAUGAUGACCCUGCUGAACAUCUUGGUGUACAGCGAACUGAUGGAAUGGUUCGAGGAAUCCCUGAAAACCGCCACCAAGUUCGAACGUCGCGGGAUCCAGGUUUGCAACAAAAAACGUUUUAUCCCCCAGGAGCAGAAGAAAAAUAACAAAUUCAAAGUUCAAACGGGACAUUUUCCAACACCUUGGAAACGUAAAAAAAAAGGAAAGAAAAUCCAGAAUCGUACAUAA